UUUGGAGCGGCCGUACUAUAUAUAUAUUUAUAUGGUCCCAUUCAGUCAUCCCAGAAGCAAAACAAAAAAUUCAAAAAGAAAAAAAAAAGAAAAGAAAUAAAGAUGAAGAGGGAAAGAGAAGAGGAGAUUGGUGGCGCCGCCAUGUCGCCGUCUCCCUCCACCGCCUCCGCUGCUAGGGUUUUAGGCCGAGCAAUGGAGUGGCCCUCCGGUUUCCACAGCCUGCGGGCCCCUUCCCCCUUUGUGCGGGCCAUGCGCACCCGCCUCGACCCGCCGCCGCCAAUACCCGCCGCUCCUCCUCCUCCUCCGCUGCAGCUACAGAUACCCGAGAAGCGGCGGCGGGGACGCCCACGCUACUGCGACCGCCUCCUCCCGCCGCCGGGGUUCCCCCUCUCUCCGCCCGCACGGGCACCGGCGGCGCUGGCUGCUCACGGACAGUGCCAAUUGGGUGGGCUCCAGCCGCACGUGCUCAACAUAGAUGUGGGAGAGGAUAUCGUAUCAAGGAUUGUGGAGGUCUCGCAAAUAAAUGGGAAGGUCGUCUGUGUUCUUUCAGUGCUCGGGGCCGUUCAGGAUGCAAAUCUACUCCACUCAUCCAGUGCCAUCUUAAAUCACAAGGGUCCUUUAGAAAUCAUUCGUGCGUUUGGAUCCAUUUUGACAUCUGAUGCCCCUGGAUUUGGAUGCUUAUCUGUGACCCUUGCUUGUGCUGAUUGUUCUGUGGUCGGUGGCAUUAUAGCUGGACCUCUCAUAGCUGCAACACCUGUACAGGCAAUUGUUGGAAGCUUUUUCAAUGAUGCUUUCCGGCCAAACACGACACCUAAGAUCAUUGCAUGUUACCCCAAUUCUCAUGUUGCCAUUGGCAAUGGGAUCACGCCUUUACCCAAUUCUCAGGUUUACAUUGGCACUGGGAGCACACAUUACCCCAAUUUUCUGGUUGCUGUUGACAGCGGGAGCACUCAUUACCCCUGUUCUCAGGUUACCCUUGGCAAUGGGAGCACAAAUAAUGCCAAUUCUCAGGUUACUGUUUACGAUGAGAGCACAAAUAACACUAAUUCUCAGGUCACAGUUAGCAUUGGGAGCGCACGUUGCCCCAAGUCUCAGGUUACUGUUGGUGAUGGGAGUUCCCAUCAACCCAGUUCUAAGGACAACGGGAGCACUCCAUCCAUUGAAGGCUCCAAUCCAGAAUUUGCAUCCUGCACUGCAGUGGAACAGGAUGGAUCAAGUGAGAUAGAUGUCAAGCCAUCGCGUGUGGUGGCUUAGGUUAUUUAACUCAACCAGCAGUAUGUUUUCCUCGGAAGGUGAUCGAGAAGUACAUGUAUUAGAUAGCUAGGCUGUUGUGAAUCACCAAAGUAUCUCUGGGAGUUGUAGGAAGUUGAGUCCAAAAGCAGUUCUUUGUUUAUGUAAUAUUGUACUCUGGGUUUCCCUGUUGAGAAUUCUGGCGCGGUUGCUUAUAGCUUAGUGCUAAUAGUGUUAGAUUUCUUCUGAUCUGUAUAAGAAUUUUGACCUUAGACAAAGGGUGAAUUUUGACCAUGAUCCGGAAGGCAGGUAUUGGUGAAAACUUGAAAAUUUAUCAGACGGGCUUUUGCAAGGCACAA